AUGGCACGCAGCCGCAACUACAACCAGCCAGGGCAGUACCGGGGAGUGAGGAGGCGCGGGGAAUUUCGUUACGUUGCAGAGAUUAAAGACACCAAGGGUGGAGUCCGUAGGUGGUUGGGCACGUUCCCUUCCGCAGAGGAGGCUGCUCGGGCGUUUGAUGAAGCUGCUUUGAAUCUCCGAGGAUCAAAGGCGAAGCUAAACUUUCCUAGGAGGCAUAUUCAGAACAGGGGAGGGGUAGUAUGUUCGGAUCUCGUAGCGCUACCAGGAGCGGCAGCUAGGAUAGGAAGGGUUGCAGGGAACGAUGGUGGAGGAAUUGGCAUCCGAGAGCAACAAACGCAUGGGGUAGCAAGACUUGUUGGGCAGGGCAGUGGUAGUAGGAGCAUUGGAGGGAAAGGGAAGGAGGUGGCACACGCUGAAGAUGCCACAAAUGAGGGAUUGGUGGCAGAAGCUGUGGGUCAGUCGAGAUUGUUUGGAGUGGGAACAAGUACGGGAGUAGCAGCGACUGUUGAGGCGGCGGAGAAGGAGGAGGAAGAGGAGGACGAGGAAGAGGAAGGGUACGAGGAAGGGGACGUGGGAGGGGAGGAGGAGGAAAGGGAGGAGGAGGAGGAGGAGGAGGAGGAGGAGGAGGAGGAGGAGGAGGAGGAGGAGGAGGAGGAGGAGGAAGACGAGGGGAAGGAGAAGGAGGAGGAGGAAGAGAAGUAG